AUGUUACCUCCACAACAUUUAUUAACCUUGUUGCUGGUGUGUAGAAUCUAUCCUGCAUUACCAGUGGAUGGUCAAAAGAUUAACAGAGCCCCAAAAUGGAAACCCAAUUCUAGACCAUACAAUGGAGAUAAAAAGAUUGCCACAACAUCAGGAAGUGACAUUAGAAUGAGCUGUCCAGCAUACGGGAACCCUAAGCCAGCAGUAACAUGGUACAAAGAGGAAAGCCUGUUUGGUGCUAGCCAGAGACCAAAGGGCAUGGAGGAUGUUGAAGUAAAAAUUAAAUGUGUGGUCCAAAAUUCAGAGGGCAGCCUAGAAUUCACGUUCUUUGUGGAUGUUAAACCAAUCCCGUGGCCACUAGAGUUGGAGGAGCCACAGAAUGCCACAGUGAUGGAGGGAGAAAGGGUGGUGUUCCGAUGCCGCGCCUUGAAUGACCCAGAUGCCACCACUGAGUGGAUGAAGCGGGACACUGACGGUGAUUCUGCAAGUGGAUUCGAUACAAAUAAUUUUCUAAGCAGUGGACCAGAAAUGGUUAUUGAGAAUGCUAGGACAGAAGACGCUGGAAAAUACACAUGUCUGGUAGGGAAUUUGUUUGGGAUAAAGUACACUAAUGUCUGGCUGACAGUUAAGCAUACCACCAUCACCACAUCAUCAGCUUCUACAAACCCCGCCAACAAAAAAUCAAAAACUACCACCAUAACAACUACAGAGCAACCAACAACUUCAAGUCCUGUGAUACCAUAUUUAUUUUUAACAGGAAAUUUAACCAAAAAGAACCAGAAAGACAGAAACACUUCUCUCGCCUGCCAGAGUCUUCUAAAGAUCAAUGAGGAAAAAGUUAAUCUGCAGAAAAGGACGGUGGACAUUCUGGAGGAAAUGCUUAUUAUACAAAAACAGAAAUUGACACUUUUGCAAAAAUCGCUUACAUGCUAA